CUCGACUACCCGAGCACAUUUGUCCACUUGGCAGGUUACUGGUGUGGCAGCACCUCGCGGGCGUCUUAGCGUAUCCAGGAGCCAACGUUUGGAAGGGAAUGCGAGAUUAAGAAGUAUUCUGUCCUCCUCCACCUCUCGAAGAUUUGACCUGCAGCAGCUGAGGAGCGAUUGACAGCUGCUCACAGUCCAUUGCAGACAGAAGAACUCUUUUCUAAAACCCGCUAUGGCUUUGAAUUCGUUUGAUAUUGAUGCUCCACGAUGGGACCAGUCGACGUUUAUGGGUCGACUCAAACAUUUCUUCAACAUCACCGAUUUUCGAACGGCAGCUCUGCCAGACUCACGCCUGGACGAGGCCAAAGCUUUGGUAGAAAGCUGCAGGGCUGGAUCGGUCCCUCCUGGGACGACUGAGGAGCAGCUCUACUAUGCAAAGAAACUGUAUGAUUCAGCGUUCCACCCAGACACUGGCGACCGAAUGAACAUCAUCGGCCGAAUGUCCUUUCAGGUUCCAGGUGGAAUGGCUAUCACUGGUGCCAUGCUGCAGUUCUACAGAACGGUUCCUGCUGUGGUGUUCUGGCAGUGGGUGAAUCAGUCUUUCAACGCUUUGGUCAACUACACAAACCGUAAUGCUGCGUCGCCCAUCACUCCCAAGCAGAUCGGCGUUGCUUAUGUUACAGCAACCAGCACAGCUCUGGCAACAGCUGUGGGACUCAACCUCUACACUAAGAAAGCUCCUCCUCUUGUUGCUCGCUGGGUUCCUUUCGCCGCCGUGGCCGCAGCCAACUGUGUAAACAUUCCCAUGAUGAGGCAACAGGAAGUCCUGAAUGGAAUCGCUGUUACGGACGAAAAUGGCAACAAGCUGGGUCACUCCAAGAAAGCGGCUAAGAAAGGCAUUGCUCAAGUCGUCAUUUCAAGGAUCACUAUGGCUGCCCCAGGAAUGAUCAUCCUGCCCAUCAUCAUGCAGAGACUGGAGAAAUACAAAUUCAUGCAGAGAAUCACAUAUCUCCAUGGACCCAUCCAGGUCAUGUUGGUUGGAUGCUUUUUGAUUUUCAUGGUUCCAGCUGCCUGCUCCCUCUUCCCUCAGCGAUGCUCCAUGGCUGUGUCAAAACUGGAGCCCGAACUACGAGACUGUAUUGUAUCUCAGUAUGGAGACCGUGUCCAACAUGUUUACUUCAACAAAGGCCUUUGACCUGGAUGUGUUCAACCGCCAGUGGAAGAAAAACGCAGAGCUAGUCUUAAUAUUGGUGCUUCACUGGGACUUCACCCUGUCCCUCUUUCACGUUCUUCUUCCUUUGAUUGACCAAAAGUGUCACAUGUGCUGCUUCUCUGGAUGCAGGACAGUCGCUGCAGGUUUUUUAUUUACUGUGAACUUGGAGUCAGUGCCUUCAAUUUAAGUGGUGACGACAGCGUCAGACUUUUGUUUAUAAUUUUAGUUUGUAAAACUAUGCAUGAUUUGGGAGCACACACAGAUGACAAUACUGAUGCUGUUGGAUUUACUGUCUUCUGGCCGAACAUGGUCAGAUAAUUUCACAGCCAUCUGAAAUGUAAACUGGAAUAAAGCCACACGAGUAUUUUAACUGCCGCGCUGCCAUUUUAAUGUUUCUCCUUCAGGUAAGUCAUCAAAAUGGAACACGCAUUUUCACUUUGAAUGUUUUUCACCUCUCCUUGACGUAAAUACAGUUAUUUUGUGCAACUGUUGCGCAUGAUGUCUAUUGAAAUUGUUUCUGCUAUUAACAAUCUGUUUAGUCAAAUAUAAUUCACUCCAUAAUUUUUCACUUGGUUAUUUUUAAAAUUAACUGUACUUUAUGUUGCUGUUUGUGCUUGAAGGGAGAUGAGAUAUUGAGAUAAUCUAUAAAAUAAUCUAUGAAAAUCAUAAAAAUUAAUGUAAGGAAGUCAAAAGCCAUUCCAGUUACUCGUAAAGCAAAUACGAAUAACUGUUGUAAGAAGAAAGCACUACAGUUGUGGGUUAAAAUCGAAAUAGAAAUUAGAUUUCAGACUGAACAUAAAAGAGAAACCAUUAUACGUAGCCAUUAUAAAUAGGUGUAUAAACUAAACACACGAUAAAAGUACUAUAUACAAUUUCAUUGGGAUUAGUAUUACUUACUACAUGCACAUAAUCAAAUGUAUACUAAUUGUUAACGAAAAACCUAAGUGUGUGACAAAAGUAGAAGAUGAAAGAAAAAUAGAAACUAGAUAUACCUUUAUCGGAUAUUGGUCUGAUACCGGUCUUAAGUACCGUACUUGUACUUAUAAAUGGCCACCGAUUGCACUUCAUGGCAGGGCAGACUUUUUGAAUGUCAUUUUAUUCAUGAAAAAUGUGUUAAAAUUGUGUUAGUACUGCGCUGAAACUUGUGACAAUCACCACUGUACAAAGAAAACUGUAUCGUGUCGGUGAGUACUCACUCGUUUCGGAAAAACUGUUAUCGGUGCAUGGCGAAAAGAAACAACUACAGUAUUAAGGCAACAUUAUUAAGGUGAAAUGAUUAUUCUCUAAAUAACCGGAUAGCUAUGUCUAAAGAUGUCCUGACUGUUAUGUAACGCAAUGUAUUACAUAAAAAAAAAAAAACUUAAUUAGAGAAAACUGGAAGUAGACCGGAAAAAUGACG